AAACUAGUACAUCAGAACAAGCAUGGCCGACGUACAAGACGAUCAAGCUGUGGAAGAAACAGCUUCGAAAGAAGAUGUCCCCGUGAACGGCGUUGAAGAUGAUGCUGACAACGAAGGGGGGUCAUCGGAACAAGUCAAGAAGAAGAAAAAGCGGAAGAAGAAGAAAAAGACAGGAGGCGAAGGGGAUGGAGCAGCUGAUGGUGAAGAUGGCGAUGAGGUGAAAGAAGUAACAGAGAAGAUUGAACAAGCAAACUUAGAUGAUGACCAAGAGGAAGGAGAAGGUGAAACAACUGCUGUUGGGAAGAAGAAGAAGAAAAAGAAGAAGAAGAAAGGUCCGAAACAGCAGACAGUGCCCCCAUCCAUCCCUAUCUGCGAGCUGUUUACAGAGGACAACUACCCGGAGGGACAGAUCAUGGAGUACCCCAUCCUUCAGGACAAUCGUACAGCCAAGGAUAGGUUCAGCAGUGAGGAGAAGAAAGCGUUGGACCAGGCUCAUACAUCCCUGUACCAGGAAGUCCGCCAGGCAGCGGAGGCUCACAGACAGACGAGGCAGUAUAUGAAAGACUUCAUCAAGCCAGGGAUGAAGAUGUUUGAUAUCUGUGAGACCCUGGAAGGUAUUGCCAGGAAGCUGAUCAAGGAGAACGGUUUGGAGGCAGGGUUGGCAUUCCCCACUGGGUGUUCCCUGAAUCACUGCGCUGCCCACUACACACCCAAUGCUGGGGACCAGACCGUCCUGCAGUACGAUGAUGUCUGCAAGAUUGACUUCGGAACUCACAUUAAUGGCCAUCUGGUAGAUUGUGCUUUCACGUUGACGUUUAACGACAAGUACGACAAACUGCUUCAGGCUGUGAAAGAUGCAACAAAUACGGGUAUUAGGGAAUGUGGCAUAGAUGUACGUCUGUGUGAUGUUGGCGAUCGCAUACAGGAAGUCAUGGAGUCAUAUGAGGUGGAGCUUGAUGGCAAGACAUAUCCAGUGAAGUCUAUCCGGAAUCUCAACGGUCACUCAGUGUCCCAGUACAGGAUCCAUGCGGGGAAGACUGUGCCGAUCGUGAAGGGAGGGGACCCCACAAAGAUGGAGGAGGGGGAGUUCUACGCCAUUGAGACAUUUGGCAGCACAGGAAAAGGUGUGGUCCAUGAUGACAUGGAGGUUUCACAUUACAUGAAGAACUUUGAAGUUGGACAUAUUCCACUCAGGUUGACAAAGUCCAAGCAGCUGCUGAAUGUGAUCAACCAGAACUUUGGAACAUUAGCUUUCUGUCGCCGCUGGUUGGACCGUCUCAACCAGACCAAGUACUUGAUGGGUCUGAAGAACUUGUGUGAUGUGGGGAUAAUUGACCCCUACCCUCCACUCUGUGACAUUAAGGGCUGUUACACAGCACAGUUUGAGCACACCAUCAUCCUCAGACCUACCUGUAAAGAAGUGGUAACAAGGGGAGACGACUACUGAGUGAUUGGAACUCUCCACAGUGGAGGCAGCAUGUUGUAGAUGACCAGAACACAUGGUCACCACAGUCGUCGACAAAGAUGAACUUGAAGUAUGCAUCAACUGCCAGCUGGUUUCAGGUUUAUUAUAGCACAACGAUGCUGCGAAGUUUCUCCGAUAACGAUCUUUAAAUUGACGUAUAUGAACGAAGAUUUCGGACACAGUUUCAUUCUACAGUUUGUGUCACAAUGUAAAGUAUGCAACAGAGCCAUAGAAGACUUCAAUACUGCGAGCAUCAGGGUAUCUCUACCUUUGUUGUUUUCACAGGGGACUGACACUGUUUAUGUGAUUAUUAAUACAAAGGGUGACAGUUUUUGAAAUUGAUAUCUUUCAAACGGAUUAAGUCCAUGCUGAGUAAGAACAGCCGUAUGUUCAUCACCAGAGAUGAUUUUCCUCAUUGUUGAUGUUACCAUAGUUACUGCUGUACUGUUGCCAUUGGUAUUACAUCAUUCAGGCUUUGUCCCGAAAGUGUAGAGACUGUCGAACAUUUUGGAAAUAUAACUGUCAAUGAUG